AUGUAGAAAAACUCCUCAUAAAAUUAGAGUACUACUCUUUUUAUCCAAUCACUCCAUUAGGAUGUUACCAAGAAUUUACUUUUCAAGUAGUUCAAGAAAUUUGGUACUAUCGAGUCAUUGAAGCACUUCCCUAAGAACAGAACAGCCUUAGUUGAAUUCUAAACUCCUGAAGAAGCACAGAAUGCUAAGUAAAGCCUCAAUUACAUAAAGCUUCUUGGCAAGGAAAUUAAUAUUAUUAAUUACUAAACUAAGGAUGAACUUGAGCAAAAGAAAGAUUAUAACUUAUUAAUUCAAAAUGUUCCUUUAGAUCUUGAAACCAUUACUUUACACAAUUUUAUGACUAAGUAUGGUGAAAUAAGCUCUCUAUUACUUAAGAAGGACUAAUUAAACUAGAAUUUAGGUGAUGGUUUUAUUCAAUUCGAAACUAAAGAAGCAUGCGAUAAAAUUUUGAAAGAACAUGAGUAAAAUGGUAAGAUUUCUCUUCCUAACUCUAAUAUCUCUUUCAAUAUCUAAAAAAACAACUAAAUCAAGUAAAAAAAUACAAAAAUCAUGAUUUAUGGUUUAUUCGAGCAUGAAAUCGCAGCUGAUUAAAAGGAAUCCAAGACUUAAUCAAUCAAUGCCAUUUUCGAAGAAAUUAAGAAAGACCUUUAAGUUGAUUUUAAUUUCUAUACUGAAUACAACGAAAAAAAGAAGAAUUUCUGGGCCAAGGUUGAUUUUACAUACGAUGAUGAUUAGCAAAAAGAAGAGAUUUGUAAGAUUAUUAUAGAAUAAGUUCAAAAGAAUUUCCAUUACUCAGGAGAUUAAAGCAAGGGACCUAAGAUUGUUAGUUGA